UAAGGACUGGAGGAAGAAGAAGAAGAAAACAGGGGAGUUGAUGAGUUGCGGUGGAACUCACGCGUUUCAGCGAUUUUCACGCGAGAAAGUUCUCAUCUUUUUGAGUUCUCCUCUAUAAGAAAAGGGCUCUGCGACCGUUUUCCUCCUCUUUCUCCACCACUCCUUCGUUCUUCUCGUUUCUCACAGAGAGAAACAAGACGACAUGAAAGGAACAGAGCAGGAGAAAAUGGUGAUAGUGGUGAGAGAAUACGAAGACGAGAAAGACAGGGAAGGCGCCGAUGCAGUCGACCGGAUAUGCGAGGUCGGUCCCAGCAGCGGAGCCGCCCUUUUCACCGAUCAUCUCGGAGAUCCAGUCUGCCGCGUUCGCCAUACCCCUGCGUUCAUCAUGCUGGUUGCAGAGAUGGUUUCUCCCGAGAGACAAAUCGUCGGCCUUAUCAGAGGCUGCGUUAAAUCCGUCGUUUGCGGAGAAAAAGCAGCACGCCGCGGCGGUGGCUCUCUUCCUAUCCACACUAAAGCAGCCUACAUCCUCGGACUGCGCGUCUCCCCCUCACACCGACGACUUGGGAUUGGUCUCAAGCUUGUUCAACGCAUGGAAGAAUGGUUCAUCUCAAAAGGCGCCGAGUACUCUUACAUGGCAACCGACAAAGACAACAAACCCUCUUUCCAUCUCUUCACCGACCGCCUCCAUUACUCCAAAUUCCGAACUCCGACCAUCCUCGUCCACCCUGUUUUCGCCGGCCACCGCCUCCCCCUCCCCCGCACUGCCACCCUCAUUCCGCUCUCCCCUUCCGAUGCCGAACUACUCUACCGCCGCCGCUUCUCCACCGUUGAAUUCUUCCCCCGCGAUAUCGACGACAUUCUCCGCAACUCCCUCUCUCUCGGCACCUUCCUCGCUCUCCCCUCCACCACCAUCUUCUCCGGCAUCGAAAGCUUCCUCUCCGCCCCCCCGGAAUCAUGGGCCGUGCUCAGCGUUUGGGACUGCAAAUCACUCUUCCGCCUCGAAAUUCGCGGCGCACCUCUAAUUCUCCGCAGUUUAGCCUGGACUUCUCGCGCGGUUGAUCGAGCUCUUCCAUGGUUAAAAAUCCCAUCUUUUCCGAAUUUAUUUCGUUCUUUCGGAGGAUACUUUCUGUACGGGCUCGGCGGCGAGGGUCCAGCGGCGAAGGAGUUUCUGCGAGCGCUCUGUCUUCAUGCUCACAACAUGGCGCGCGCCGACGGGUGUGAUGUGGUGGCGACGGAGGUCGCUGCAUGCGAGCCUUUAAUGGAUGGAAUCCCUCACUGGAAGAGGUUAUCGUGCGCGGAGGAUCUGUGGUGCAUAAAGCGUUUGGCGGAUGAUUACAGUGACGGCGCGGUCGGCGAUUGGACGCGUUCGCCGCCGGGGAAAUCGAUGUUCUUUGACCCUCGUGAAGUUUGACUCUGUUUUCUGUUUGUACUAAGAAAAGAAGUAUGACGUGGCGUUUUGUGGGGUACGAAAGUGGGGUCGGGUUUUAUGGUGCGCCGUUUUUGAAAGUGGGGGGAAGUAUAACGGUUAUGUAGAUAGAGAUGUUGGGUGGGGAGAUGAUGAGAAUCCCGUGGCGGGUGUGGUGGGAGGUGCAAGAGAGGGGCUUUUUUGACUUUUCGCUAAAGCUCUUAAUAUAUAUAUAU